AGGUUUGCGCAUGCGCAGUGUGCAGAUAGCGCAGAACUGCAGUUGUUGGUCACUGAAGGAGCUGAGAAAUAUAACGGUUAAAGAUGACAACCUCUUGGAGUGAUCGGCUCCAGAAUUAUGCAGAACUUCCUGCCAACAUGGAUGGUUUAUCCAUGAAGAAGUACAGAAGAGAGGUGCAUCACAGCUUACCACAGGAACUGGCCCACUGUCAUCCAUCUAUGAGAGUUUUUGUCAAUAGAAGUUUGGCAAUGGAGAAGAUAAAAUCCUUUGGCUUUGAUAUGGACUACACCCUAGCAGUGUACAAGUCUCCAGAGUACGAAUCUCUCGGCUUUGAUCUGACUGUGGAAAGACUGGUUUCCAUUGGUUACCCACAAGAGCUGCUAAACUUUGUUUAUGACCCUGCUUUUCCCACAAGAGGCUUGGUGUUUGAUACAACGUAUGGAAACCUGCUGAAAGUAGAUGCAUAUGGAAACAUCCUUGUGUGCGCCCAUGGUUUUAACUUCCUGCGUGGUCCAGAGAUAAGAGAGCUGUACCCAAACAAGUUCAUUCAGCGUGGAGAUACAGAGCGAUUCUACAUCCUCAACACACUUUUCAACCUCCCAGAGACAUACCUCUUCGCCUGCCUAGUUGACUUCUUCACUAGUUGCUCCAGAUAUACAAGUUGUGAGACGGGCUUCAAAGAUGGAGAUCUUUUCAUGUCCUUCAAGAGCAUGUUUCAGGAUGUCAGAGAUGCUGUGGAUUGGGUCCAUUUCAAGGGCUCACUAAAAGAGAAAACGGUUGAAAACCUGGAGAAAUAUGUGGUGAAGGAUGCUAAAUUACCAUUGCUUCUAAGCCGAAUGAACGAAGUUUCCAAAGUGUUCCUUGUUACCAACAGUGACUACAAGUACACAGAUAAAAUCAUGACAUACUUGUUUGAUUUACCACAUGGUCCAAAAGCUGGUACGCCUCACAGGCCCUGGCAGUCCUACUUUGACCUUAUUCUGGUGGAUGCCAGGAAGCCAGUGUUCUUCGGGGAGGGCACAGUCCUGAGACAAGUGGACACGACCACUGGGAGACUGAAGAUCGGAACAUAUACAGGUCCCUUGCAACAUGGCAUAGUCUAUUCUGGUGGUUCUUCAGACAUAGUUUGUGAUCUACUGGGAGCAAAAGGAAAGGACAUCUUGUACAUCGGUGACCACAUCUUUGGAGACAUUCUGAAGUCCAAGAAGCGUCAGGGCUGGAGAACGUUCCUGGUGAUUCCUGAGUUGGCUCAGGAGUUACAUGUGUGGACUGACAAGAGCACACUGUUUGAGGAACUACAGAGUCUGGACAUUUUCCUGGCAGAGCUGUACAAGCACUUGGACAGCAGCAGCAAUGAGAGGCCUGAUAUCAGCUCUCUUCAGAGGAGGAUUAAGAAAGUGACCCAUGAUAUGGACAUGUGCUAUGGGAUGAUGGGAAGUCUGUUCCGCAGUGGUUCUCGCCAGACUCUGUUUGCCUCUCAAGUGAUGCGUUACGCUGACCUGUACGCUGCGUCCUUCAUCAAUCUCCUGUACUACCCUUUCAGCUACCUGUUCAGAGCCGCCCAUGUCCUGAUGCCUCACGAGUCCACUGUUGAGCACACUCACGUGGACAUCAACGACACGGAGUCGCCCAUGGCCACACGCAACCGCCACUCCAUCGACUUCAGAGACCGCGAGUGCAAGAGACACCAACUGACCCGCUCCAUAAGCGAAAUCAAUCCCCCACACCUCUUCCCCCAGACCCCACAAGAGAUCACACACUGCCACGAUGAGGAUGACGAUGAGGAGGAGGAGGAGGAAGAGGAAGAGGAGGAAUAAGUCACGUUAACUGGAAUCGGGUUCUUAGAGAUGUGUCUGCGGUUUAAAUAAGUAUAAUCAUUGCAUUCACACUCAGCCGUAUGUUUUAUAGAGAUAUAAGAGAGGAUGUUUAUUUCUUGCAAAGCAUAUUACAUAUUUUAGAGUUUAAGGUCCGAUGAGAGCAUGAAGCUAAAACUGAGUUUUGAUAGUUCUAGCUUCUUAUUUUUGAAUGAGGUUUACAGAAGGCCUCACUUUAAAACAUGGAAAUGUAGGAAAGAGUUACAUUGAUAUUUGCAUGAUAUUGAGGGAACAAAUAACAGUUACAAGGUACGUCAUUGACUUAAGCUUGAGGAAAAUGCAUGAAUACUUAUCCAUGAAGUAAUAAAUUGCCUUUGAAAUUUGGAUAAGAGCCAUGUAGCAUGCUGGGAAAUGUCACACCAACAAUGCAGCUUGCUCAGUAUCUGACUGCCUGUUUAAGCGCUGUAACAUCGCCAUUGCCAUCUUUUCAAAACCAGUCAUAUGCAAAUUGCUGUCAUGUUAUUGGCUAAAAAAAAAAGGAACACAUGCAACUGUUGCCGUUUAAUGCAGAGUGAGAUACAGGGUUUUGGGUUACUAGAUACAUAUUUCCCUGUAUGUCUUAUGCACUUGCCAUUAACACUGUGUUAAUAUUAGACCGUGAAUCUAGAUUCAUUAUUUUCUAUUUUUAUAUCCACUGAUAUAAAAGUCAUUUCAACCAGGUAUACUGAAAACAUUGAUGUUAGUGUAAUGGUUCGUUUUUGGCAGUUGGCUAUGGUUUUGAGAUUGGGAGCUGGUCUGAAUGUUUGACACAAAGCCUUGUGGGUGACAGUGGACCAACGGAAGCUCGUCCAUGAGUCACGCUAUGCCAUUUUUAACAUUUGUAAUUCAGUCCACAUCCUGAAACUUUGGUUUUGACAGAUGUGGUGCUUUGUUUAGCACCAUUGUUUUUUGUUAUUGUUUUAAAUCAAAAAGGGAAUUUAUACUGGGUCCAUGUUGCUCUUAUACCAUGUAAACUCAUAUAUACUGUAUUGGUUUAUUUUAAACAGUGUUGUUGAUUUUUUUGACUGGAGUUCAUUCAAAGCCAUCUUGCAAUUGUAAUAUGUGAAGGGACGCUUUCAUAACCAAAGACUGUUAUUGGCGUCCUUCGUUUAAAUUCACAGAUGCUGUUGAAGAUUCAUUUUGUGACUGUAUUGUGUGAUAGCGAUAUAUUUGAAAACCGCUUUGUUUAUUUUUAAGCUUUUUCAUUCAGGUUAUAUAUGCUGUAUUUGAGGGGUGUGGUGUGUUUGUGAUUCAUCUGUAUUUUUUUUGUUUGAAAUCUCUAGAUUUGUUUGAGCCCAAGGCCUGUGAACCCCUUUUUAAAAUAGUUUCCUGUUACUAUUGUUUUGUUAAGGUGUUUUGCAGGAUUUUUGUUUUUAUUAUGUGCUUUUCUGUAAAACGAACUGUUAUGACAGACAACGUGGAUGGAUUACAUCUUACUGUAGUUUUAAUGUAGAGAUAAAUCAGAAUGCUUUCAAAUGAGAAAUAUUUUCAUUUUUAUGUUUUGCAUUGUUUGUUACACAGGAUUUGUUUUCAGUGCUUUGGCUUGUUGGUAUGAAGAGAAUAAAGUUCCUGUCAUGCAGCA